GCCGGCAUGCCCUGGGCUCGCGGAGCUCGCUGCGCGGCUCCGGGUCUAGCCCGGGGACUCUCCCCGGUCCCGGGCAGAGUUGGCGCCCCGAGUUCUCCCCGCGAGCUUGCUCAUGGCCUCUGACCCUCCCCCGCCGCCGGGGCCCUGCCGCGGGGAGAUCGGGCUGCACUUCUGGGUGGAAUCCCUGCAGCUGGUCCCCGGCUUGCUGGCGCCCGCGGUGCUGCUGGGGGUCGCCUUAGGCGUCGGGGCCGCGUUCCUGCUGGGUUUCUAUGUGAUCCGGCCUCUUCUGCAGGGCAAGAAAGAUGACUCCCAAAGGCUUCUGGAAAGCUUUCAUUCAGAUGUACGCAGACAUCUUGAUGAAUAUGCACCCUCACCGAGAAAGAAGAAAACAGAAGCUCAAAUGUCAGAGGAGGAAAUGGGAAAUGAGUCUUCUUUGAACAGUAACAUCACAGCCUUUGCCUUAAAAGCAAAAGUCGUCUAUCCGAUCAAUCAAAAAUUUAGGCCCCUGGCAGAUGGAUCAUCCAAUCCAUCUUUGCAUGAGAACCCAAAGCAAGCUAUUCUGCCUAAUCAGAUAAUGGAAACUUCUACAUCAAGCAGUCUUGGAUCCCUUAGUCACGGAGACAAGGAGGACUGUAGUUCAUCUACUACAAUACAUUCUGCAACUAGUGAUGACAGAUUUCAGGAUCGAACCUUCUUAAAGGUGACCUGUUUCCCUGAAGUUCUGAAUUGUGAGAGUUUUGAUGUCAAGCUGUGCCUGUAUAGUCUUCUUUUGAAAGAUCUGCUGCUUCUUGAUACUGAACUAAGAAAGGAAAAACAGAUGGUAUUUAUUCAGGUUCUCAGAACAUACCUCUCUGAUUUUUACCUUAAAAAGAAGAUCGCUGAAGAUUUGUACCAGAAUAUUAGUUUGACUCAAGAAACUGAUUUGGAAGAGUUACAGAAACAACUUACCUCCAGACUUCUGAGUACCGAAAUGUCGGGUGCUCGUAAUUCAGAGUACCAGACCUUGGAAGAUUUAGAAAGGAAAGAGAGGGAAUAUUCGGAACAUAUACUAGAUAAUAUGGAAGCAUUCUGGAAACAGGCAGACAAAGCUGAGCAAUUUCUCCUGAACCAAUCAAAUUGCUCAAGUGCCAAAAGAGGAAAGAUAAUGAUGAAUCUGACUGAGAGAAUGAUUGCAGUAGAAGGGUUAUUAAGCCAGUCUCAGGAUUUGCAGGCAAUGGAUAUUCAGGAAAGAAUAUUUAAUUGGGAGCUAAUGGCAAAAAAGGUCGAUUUUUUGAAGACAAAGAUACAAGUAGAAAGUAAAUGUAGACUAGAUGCUGUAGCUGGCAUUUUGGACCAGUUAGCUAUAAAGAGCAACCUCUCUGUUGCACAGAAGGAGGAGCUAUUAACAGGCCUGCACAAGGCCUUCUGGGACCAAGUAGCACAUUGCAAUAAUGACUGUGUCCAACAAAGUAAAGACCUGAUCAUAAAACUCCUGGCAUGUCGUGCAAGAAAGACAGAAGAGCUCAAAGAAGCUCAUGAAAAUCAACAAGGAGAUCUCAGUAAAGCUCAGAAAAUAAGGGAUCUUGAUGAGUUUCUGAAGGCCUUCCAUGAAAUGUUAGAGAAGCAGAGACAGACACUGCAUGAUCUUGAAGAGGAGGAUGACUUCCGAAGCACUGAGGCCAUUGCAGAGCUCUAUCAGGAACUGGGUUCUAGAACCUCCCAUGUUUUAGAUGAGUUGAUGCAAGAGUUAUUUCUUCAGACUCUACCUACCAAGACUGAUCUGUCUUUAAGAGAAUGUGAACUUCUAAAAGAAGAAUGUCAGGAGAAUUUGAUCCUUAUGUUAGAGAAAUGGGACAACUGUAGACAAAAGCAAUGGAAGCUCUUCCAAGAACAACUGCAACAAGAAAAACAGCUAUGGACCAAGGAGUAUGCUUUAUCUGCUGUGAUGCAAAAACACCUGUCUGAGAAACACGAGAAGAUUAUUCAAGGUGUUUUAAGCCGAUUAGGUGGCCUCAGUGAGGAGUCUGCUGAAUACAUAUUACAGAAACACAGGCUCUUCCUAAGUUCAGUUCUCAGAAGGUUAGCUGUCCGAAACGUAGCUAUGGCUAUUCUGACUCACAUGAAAAUGUCCCAAAAGAAAAGCUUGUUUCAGGAGUUAAGAGAGCAACAUACUCUUCAACAGAGUUCCUCACACUGUCAAGAUGAGCACCACUGGCAACUACAGAAAGCAAUGGAAUCUCACAUUCUGGAAGAAGAGGAGAAGCUAGAGGAGGAAACUCAACAAACACGUUUGGAAUUUCACCAACAGUUAGUUGCAGAAAUCCAAGAAGCUCUUCAGCUUGUGCAGCAGCACAUGGAACAAGUGAUUGGGCAGGCUUUGCACCAGCAUGCUCGGCAAGAAGCUUCUAAGCAAAGCCCUGAGGGAAAGGACUUUAAGGAGAGACUGAUAGAAGCAGCUGUAGAGAGUGUAUAUGUAACCAGCAAUGGUGUCAAGAGACUGGUACAGAGCUACUACCAGCAAAUAGAAAAAAUCAUGGUUGGGCAUGAAGACAGAAAACUUCAGCAACUGAAAUCCCUGCAAGCUGAUAGGACUGAAAGUAACAGACUCAGAAAAAAACAAGAAGAAAGAGAACAGACAUUGAAAGAAAAAAUGAAUCAAGGUACCCUGAACAUGUCAUCUGCAGUCCAUCAAAGGAUGUUGUUACAACAACAAAAAUUCUUGGCUCAGUUUGAUGUGCAGCAGCAAAUUCGUCUGGACUCCCUAAAACGGAAGAUACUAGCAUUGCAUCAUCUAGAAACACAACUUGAAAAUCAACUAAAGCAAGCAGAACAAGAUUUCAUUACAGAGCUAGCUGCACUGGCCCGAAUUCCACUCACAGCGUGCAAGCAACCUUUCAAUAGAAGCUUACACUCAGGAAAAAGCCAAAAAACAAAAAGGAAGAACUCCCACUCCUGGGGAAAAGAGGACUCUGGUGACAUCGAUGAAAAAUGACCAGAUGCCCCAGACACAGACUUCUGGAUGAGUCAGAAGUAGAUUUGGAGAGGCAGCAUGAAACUGAAAUUGAUCAAGAAUUCAAAGAUGCCCAAGAAGAGAUGCAACGUGUAGUGGAAACAGUCCUCAGAAUUGUUUGUCAAACUGAAUGUUGAAUCCCAAAGCAUUUUUUUUGUGUGGGCAAACUGAACUACUGCAAAUAUUUACUGAGUAUUGGAUAACAAAUAAGAACCUCAUUAAAAAAUCUAAGAAAUCUCAUUCCACAGUUAAAAAGCAGUAUAAACAAAAAUACAAAAAAUAUGUCCUACCAUAUGGAGAUACAGCAAGUAGCCAUCUUCCUUGGGCUGAUAAUGAAACAUUCCCACUCAAUUCUAAAUGGAAGAACAGGAAGUGAGCUCUCUCCACCAACAAGAGCCCUGAGAGAGGAUUUUUUUGUGUGAAAAAUAGCUGGGUUUGCCGAAAGUCUCCUGCCCUUUAGAAUCAAGAAAAAAAUAAAAGGGAGGAACAUUAAGGAGGGUAGAUUCAGCUACAACACCUGAUCUGUAGGGCCUCCAGAUGGAGAACUUAUUAGAGAGGGGAGUCUUCUAGCUCUUUGGCCAGCCAGGAUCCCAUUCAGGAAUUAGAGUUCCAGAUUAGCAUAAAAACACGUGUCAGCCUUUGCAUGGCAAUGCUCACUCUUAGAAGUCUAUGUCUUUAGUUUGAAUAAAGAUUUGAGUACGUAUGUUAAAGCCUCAAGCAAACUCAAGCCUACCACAUUAGGCAGUGGUGCAAAGAUCGGGGAGGGAGGUCUCUUUCUGGCAAGGCAGGUGAUGAGAACUUAGCGUGGAGAAACAGAAGGUACAUUUGAAAGGUCAAGCUGCAAAGUGAACAAAAAAUCAUUGGAAAAUGUUGACUGAUAAUCAGUAUUAGCAGUAAACAUCAUUAAAACAAUGAGGCACGAACACAGCACAGCGCUCAUUGCCCAUUCACUGCAGCUCCCAUUAACUUCUAAAAUAAAAAAAA